AUGGAGCAAAAUUCAAGAACGGAUACAAAAUUUUUGUUAAUCUUUAAAGAAAUCCCUUUUUUAAAGAGUGAAACCGAACAAAACGAUCGUUUUGUAUUGAACUGCCUUCCCAUUUACGUCAAAGAACAGCUAAGUAUAUCCUGCAUAAACGCUCGGUUCCAGAAGCUUUCAACUGCUUUGCUUAUUAUAACUCUUCUUUUGUUUUGUUAUUCUCUCUGUUUUCUAUGGUUUCAUGUUCGGUUGAUCACCCGUCUAUACCAUGAACAAGUCUAUCGUUUAACCAUUACGCCUCUCACUUCAUCAUAA